AUGCGUUCUACGAAAACCGCCCUAAGCCCGCGGCUGCAACGCUGCCUGUUGGGUCUGAUCGGGCCUGCGGUCGAGCAGCCGCAGUACAACCUCCUCGAGCGGGAGAAGGUGGAGCGCGAGUUCAGAUGGCUAUAUACGGCGCACGGGACCGGCCUGACAACCUUUGCGCCACUGAAGAUAGGCAUCCUGACGGGCAAAUAUAAUGAUGUGACGAAGCCACCGGCUGGGAGCAGGAUGGCUGAGAGCAGUGGGGUGGUGGCAAAGCAUCUGUCUAAGACGUUUGGAGACGAGACGUGGAUAAGCCGGCUCGCCGUCGUCGCAGGUCUCAAACCCAUUGCUGAAGAGCUUGGCUGCACCUUAGCCCAGCUGUCUUUGGCUCGGAUCUUGAUGAAUCCACAGGUAUCUGCACCGCUCUUGGGAGCAUCUCGCCCCGAGCAGGUGCGAGAGAAUCUGGGGGCGCUGGAGGUGAAGGCCAAGUUGACGGCAGAGGUCAUGGACAGGAUUGAAGGGGUGGUGAAGAACAAGCCGAAAGUAGAACCGCUGCGAUUCGGCUGA